UUUUUUUUUAAUGCUGUGAAAUGAAUUCGUUUUUACUCCCAUUUUGUUUGUAGAAUAAAUGAACAUGAUUUCACUGUGUUAUUUUGCGGUUCUUAUGGGCUUGAUUUUUGAAAGUUUCGCGGUAACGACAGAGGCUGACAGUUUUGAUUUAAAUCUACCUCCUGAGCACAUGAUUUAUUAUUUUUCAAGCCAUCCUGAUGUUGCAGAAGCUUGCAGGAAUUCUGAACUUUGUCCUUACCAGAAUUUCUUAGCUGAAUAUAAAUGCUGGGGCUAUGAAAAGUCCUGUUUACCUCAUCAACGAUAUUCCAAUCCAAUAUGUAAUGAAAGCAGUAAAGGAUGGACGAAAUCUAAAGAUGAACAAAUAAAUUCAUUUUUUACGCAAGGAGAUUUUGGAUAUAUUCGGGAGAGACUAGAUGAAAUAACUCCUAUAUGUGUUUCAAAAGGAAAGAAUGAGAGCUAUCUGGAAUGUGCUAAGUAUAUGAGAUUUUGCAGAGGAAGAAACAUUAUGUUUGAUUUUAAGAGUCUUGAAACUAUACCAGAACCGAUGAGGUAUCGUGAUGAUGUUAUAAAGGAAGGGCAAGUAGGAGGAAAAUGUAAAUUGAAACAAAAGCUCCUAAAACUACAGGGUGAACAUAAAAGUCCAUUACAGUCAUGGUAUGCUGAAUUUGAACAUUUUGUUGAACUUCCAGAAAUUCCUGCUUCGGAGAGUACUUGUGAUGUCAUUAUCAAGGAACCAACAUUUGUCAUGAAACUUGAUGCUACUGUAAACAUGUACCAUCAUUUCUGUGAUUUUCUGAAUUUAUAUGCAUCUUUACAUAUGAAUGACACAUUUUCAACUGACAUAAAUAUUUUAAUUUGGGACACGCUUCCUUACAUAAGUACUUUUGCUCCCAUGUGGAAAGCUUUCACCCAUCAUCCAAUUAUGGAUCUUGGUUCUUUUAAAGGCAAAAAGGUGUGUCUAAAAGAUGCUGUUUUUCCGUUACUUCCUAGAAUGAUUUUUGGAAUGUAUUACAAUAUGCCUCUGGUUCCUGGAUGUAAAGGCAGUGGUUUGUUUCGAGCUUUCUCUGAACAUGUGCAGCAUAGAUUAAAAGUGAAAAAUAAUUUGAAUAUAAACUCCAUCAGGGUUACUUUUAUUUCCAGAAACACUCAGUAUCGUAGAAUACUUAAUGAGGAUGAACUUAUUGCAUCUUUAAAACCUAUUCCUGACUUAUUUGUGAGAAAAAUAAACUUUAAUCGACAAAUGGCUUUUACUGAACAAUUAGAGAUUAGCUACAAUACUGAUAUCUUGAUUGGAAUUCAUGGAGCUGGAUUGACUCACAUGCUGUUCAUGCCUAUCUGGGGUGCUGUUUUUGAAAUCUUCAAUUGUGAAGAUGAAGGCUGUUAUGCUGAUCUUGCUAGGCUUAAGGGUUUAAAAUACUUAACUUGGACAAAGCUUGACAAAUUACAUCCUCAAGAUGAGGGUCAUCAUCCAACCCUUGGUGCUCACGCAAAGUUUACUAAUUAUUCAUUUGACACAAAAGAGUUCUUACAUAUCUUUAAGAAAGCAUUGAAUCAUGUCAAAAAUCAUCCUGCUUUCAAGGAAAGAAUUGGCAGCUGUGAUGGACUUAAGUGUAACAAGACUGUGAUCCACACAGAGCUUUAA